AUGGCAGAUAUUGGAAAUCAGGAUGAGGCCAAAAGAAGAAAAGUAACUCAGCGAAGAGCCCAGUUGCAGGAAGCUAUCGUUUUACUCCAGAACACCAGUAGAACUCCAGAGCAAGACCAAGACUUGUCUGAUUUCUUAGCAUUUAAGGAAGAGAAUGAUAACGCAGUGCUAGAAAUACAAGACGACGUAUGGGCGAGGAAGUUAGGGGCAUAUCCAGUACCUGACGCUCAACAAAACUCGCCAGUUACCGUUAAAACUGAAAAGGAUGUUGAAAUGGGCGAAAGGGGCGAAGAAAGUGACGGCAGUGAUGAUGACGACGAUUCUAAUGGCGGACCUCCUGCUGCCGCUCUUGAAAGGGCGAGAAACGCUAGUAGACAAGUGGACCCUCAGGCUGUGCCCGGUCAGGCUGCCCCCCCUCAGGCUACUACUGGUCAGACUCCUAUCCUCUCUAUCGAUGAUGAUCACAAUGAGGUCAUUCCCGGUUUCGGGAGCAUUGGUAUCAGCAAUUGUGAAACAGUCGCCAGGGCCGGUGAUAGUUGGUAUAUUAACGCCUACGGAGUAAGGGGAGUAUGUCGCUUACACAUCAUCGAGUCCCAGCACGGGGUCGAUUAUGAUCGUGACAAUGUUCCAGACGUCAGGCAGUAUGAUCACAAAUUGGCCCACAUAAGGGAUACACCAACCGACGGAGGACCGUCUAACUAUAGAUAUUCGAAGGGUGAGAUGAGAGGUGUUUAUGCAGUCGCGUUCGUGAAGGCUGACCGUGAUGCCAAUUAUGACAUCGAAAUUUUGAACCCCAAGACCAAGGAAGAGUACGAGAAACGUCGGUCAGCGGAAGACAAGCCUGAUAUGAAGGAGUGGAGAUAUCCAACAACAUAUGUUAAGGUUGGAUGGUCUAAAAAAGCUCGUGACGGAACCGGAAAACUUGAAGAUAAAAUUGAAUACUCGUGGGUGAGCAGGUCCGCCCUGAAGAGUCGAUUUGGUAAGCGGUUCGACGACAAGACGAUAUAUGACAUUGCGAAGGCGAAGAAAAAGAUGUAUGAUGAUCGGGUUACGUAUGGCGUCCAAUCGCGUGAUACUUCACCCGCUGUUAUGAACAUGGUGAAUGGGUCUUGGCAAACUUUGCCUACCUCUCCGCCGCAUCCUAUCAAUCAACCUCGAGCGGGAUCAGUUGAAAGUGACGUCUCCGCAAUCUUCAACCCGAACCUGAAUCCGAUUAUAAACUCCACAGAACGUGGUAGCUCGCAGCACCAACCUCAGUAUGAAAAUGGACCGUUCUUUGGGGGCAACAACCAGCAAAGUCAACAACUGGGCCAGCGUCAGCCAUCAGAGCCUCCAGGAAAUGCGGGGAUCCCACAAAACCUAGUGGAGUUUUUGGUGGCCUCUGUGCAAAAUAUGAAUAUGAAAAUAGACACUUUCGGUGCUCAACAACAAAACCUGAUGGAUGAGCAGAAACGAAUGAGACAAAUGCAGGAUGAGUUGUGGAGACGGUCAAUACCCCCAUCAGCUACAUAA